AUGGGGGUUUCUUCUGCAACGGAUCCCGAUAUCUCACCAUUUCUAGAUCAGACUCCUGGUGCUGCUUCUUCACCUGCAGGGGUACUGCCUGCAACGUCUUCGUCUGAAAGGGUUAAACUGCCUACAGAUGAACUGGCGAUAGAUGAACCUGCGAAUCUUAAUGAGAUCGCUGACAAUGACGAACCAUUAGACUAUGGGAGCUCGUCUCACCAUGAUGAUGAUGCUGAUGAGGAUGAAAGUGAUGAUGAUGACUUUCAUGCUUGGGCGGAUCAACCACCACCACCUUCUGACAAGGCGUCUGGCUAUCUUCCUUUUUACCCUACUGGUUCUCUACCUCCCGAGGCUGUUGGUAAGUCAUCGUCUGCCCACCCGCAAGCAGCAGACGUUCCUCCAUCUGAACCAAUGCUGGUGACAACAAGUUCUUUACCAGGAGAACCUCUUUCGCUGACGAUUCCUCUCAAACCUGUGGGGACGGAGAUUGUGCUAAGCUCAACCCAAACAGGGGCACUUAUGGCUCUACCUUCCAGUCCCUCGCAAUUGGAUAUCACCAUAGCUUCUCCGACUUCUUCACGAUCAUCACCCACUGCUUUUGCAUCAGGGUCUAUGCUUUUAGGCUCCCCAUCGACAUCUCCGAUGAAGUCUCUGAAUCCAGUGGCCAUCCCUUCCAUUCUAAAAGCUCUUUUACGACCAUUGGAAGAUAUGAUGAAGAUAGCAAUUGAGGAGAUCAGUGCUGGACGAGCUUCAUUCGAUUUUUUCAAACCAAUACUCAUGAACUCUUUGAACAACGUUCGAUAUGUGGAUGAUGCUCGAUUGUUCCAGCACUGCUCUGAAGGCAUCUCUCGGUUGGAAAAAGAUCUGAGAGCUUUGGAGGAAUUGCAUCAGGCUGAUCUUGCUGCUCAGGCUGCGUUAGUCUUUGGUAAUCUUCAAGCUGAGGCGGCCCGCCAAUACGAAUCUUUUCAAGAAGCCAUCACUGAAAGGGAACUUGAAAUUGCAUCCGUACAGGGGCAAUGCAUUCAGAAGCAACAUGCUGUGGACGCUUCUGGUGCUGUGGUUUGUCUCUUUUCAUUGUAUGUGUCGUGUUCUGACUUGCAACAAUGGAAAAAUACCCAAUCUUUAAAAUUUCCUUUAUUACCAUCUAAGAUAAUUCUAGAAAAACUUUAA